GGACGGUCUCCCCCGCCCCAUUUCUAUCAAAAUCUCUCUCUAUUUCUAGCGCGAUCUCUUAUGAUCUCUUCACGAACUUGCAAAUUCAAAAUCUUUUUCUCACUUUCUCACUUCUUAGAUGCAGAUUUUAAUUGGGUUUCUUUUAAUUUUGCUUCUUUCACUCUCUAAAGUGGAAACAUUGAAGACUUGUUGCUCUAUUCAAUCACCUGGUCUCCCUCUACUUUAGCUUCUUCACUGCUUCAUCAAUUGCGUGGAAAAACAAUUUGAGAUCUUUAGAGUCUGUUUGGUUCCUGAGAAAAUAGGAUUGAAUGAAGAGAAUGGGAAAGAAACUGAGUGGAGGUUUAUAAUUUCUGACCGUUUUCAAUGUCACUCAAAAUCUGCCCCCCAGAAUGUUAGCCUCAAUUUUCAUGAAACUCCUUCAGUGAACUUAAUUGUUGAACUUUCUAAGACCUCAAGCUCAAGCUUUUUAGGGUUUUCAUGUGGUUCAUAACUUCAUACCUAGGUGCUAUAUUAUUAUGUUUGAUAUCCGAAUGGAUUAGCUUUGGGAGAACUUUGCAUGGUGAUUCUUUGUAAAUAAAAAAAUUAAUUUUUUUUUUGAGAAAAAGAUGCCUUCGUGGUGGGGAAAGUCAUCAUCUAAAGAACUGAAGAAGAAAGCAAACAAGGAAAGUUUCAUUGAUACAUUACACAGAAGAUUUAAGAGUCCAUCUGAUGGUAACCUUAAUGGUAGAUCUGGAGGUUCUCGAAGAUGUUGCAGUGACACAAUUUCAGAGAGGGGAUCUCAAUCUCGAGCAGUAUCAAGAUCACCUUCACCUUCAUCAAAACAUGUUUCUAGGUGCCAGAGUUUUGCUGAGAGGCCCCAUGCCCAACCACUCCCCCUUCCUGGCGUGCACCCUGCAAAUGUGGGGCGCACAGACUCUGGAAUUAGUAUAUUGACUAAACCAAGAUUGGAAAAGGGUGCAAAUUCGUCAUUGUUUUUGCCCCUACCAAGACCAGGAUGCAUUCGUAAUAGGCCCAAUCCACCAGAUUUAGAUGGGGAUUUGGCCACUGCUUCAGUUUCCAGUGAGAGCGCCACUGAUAGUGAUGAUCCUGCUGACUCAAGUCAUCGUAGUCCUCCAGCAACUGACUAUGACCUUGGGACCAGAACCAAGACUAGCAGCCCUUCCAGUGCAAUGCUCAAGGAUCAGUGCACUAUUGUGAGCCAUUCAAACUCAAAAGAGGCAAAGAAACCAGCUAGUCUUUCUUUUGGUAAUCACACCUCCUCUACAUCACCCAAACAGAGACCUAUAAGCAGUCAUGUGCUGAAUCUACAGGUUCCGCAACAUGUUGCUUCCGGCAGUGCACCAGACAGCUCCAUGUCAAGUCCUUCCAGAAGUCCCAUGAGAGCAUCUAGCACCGAGCAAGUCAUAAACUCUGCUUUCUGGGCAGGCAAGCCAUACCCAGAUGUCAAUUUUUUAGGAUCUGGCCACUGCUCCAGUCCUGGUUCAGGCUACAACUCUGGACAUAACUCAAUGGGAGGGGAUAUGUCAGGACAGUUAUUCUGGCAACAAAGCAGGGGUAGCCCUGAAUGUUCUCCGAUCCCUAGUCCUAGAAUGACCAGCCCUGGCCCCAGCUCCAGAGUCCAGAGUGGUGCUGUUACACCAAUUCAUCCCAGAGCAGGAGGGACGAUCAUUGAGUCCCAGACAAGCUGGACAGAUGAUGGGAAACAACAAAGCCACCGGUUGCCCCUCCCUCCUGUAACAAUUUCCAGCCCCUCUCCCUUUUCUCAUUCAAACUCAGCAGCAGCAUCUCCGUCUGUGCCACGAAGUCCAGGAAGGCAAGAGAAUCCAACAAGCCCAGGAUCUCGCUGGAAAAAAGGAAAGCUUCUGGGUAGAGGCACAUUUGGACAUGUCUAUGUUGGAUUUAACAGUGAACGUGGCGAAUUGUGUGCAAUGAAGGAGGUGACAUUAUUUUCAGAUGAUGCUAAGUCAAAAGAGAGUGCUAAGCAGUUGAUGCAGGAAAUUUCUCUUUUAAGCCGUUUACAACACCCAAACAUUGUGCAGUACCAUGGAUCUGAGACGGUUGGUGACCGGCUUUAUAUAUACUUGGAGUAUGUAUCUGGUGGGUCCAUAUAUAAACUUCUCCAGGAAUAUGGCCAAUUGGGCGAGCUAGUUAUUCGUAGUUAUACCCAGCAAAUCUUGUCAGGACUUGCAUUUUUGCAUUCUAAAAGCACUGUUCAUAGAGAUAUCAAAGGAGCAAACAUUCUUGUAGAUCCAAAUGGUCGUGUUAAAUUAGCUGAUUUUGGCAUGGCAAAACACAUCACUGGGCAGUCAUGUCCACUAUCAUUCAAGGGAAGUCCUUAUUGGAUGGCACCUGAGGUUAUAAAGAACUCAAAUGGUUGCAAUCUUGCUGUGGAUAUAUGGAGUCUUGGAUGCACUGUUUUGGAGAUGGCUACCACAAAACCACCUUGGAGCCAGUUUGAAGGAGUUGCUGCCAUGUUUAAAAUUGGAAAUAGUAAGGAUCUCCCAACAAUUCCAGAUCACCUCUCAGAUGAAGGAAAAGAUUUUGUAAGGCAAUGUUUGCAACGUAAUCCACUACAUCGACCUACAGCUGCCCAGCUUUUAGAGCAUCCUUUCGUAAAAUCAGCAGCACCUUUAGAAAGACCUAUUUCAAGCCCUGAACCUACUGAUCCACCCCCUGGAGUUACAAAUGGAGUUAAAGCUAUGGGCAUUAAUCAAGCAAGAAACUUUCCCACCUUGGAUUCAGAGAGACUUGCAGUUCAUUCAUCUAGAGUUUCAAAAACUGGUCUGCAUGCCAGUGAUUUACAUAUACCAAGGAACAUAUCAUGCCCUGUUUCUCCCACUGGAAGCCCUCUCUUUCAUUCGAGGUCACCACAACACCUAAAUGGAAGAAUGUCUCCUUCACCUAUAGCUAGCCCGCGGACCACUUCAGGCUCAUCCACACCUCUGACUAGUGGAACUGGUGCUAUACCUUUUAAUCACUUGAAACAGUCAGUUUACUUGCAAGAGGGUUUUGGAAACAUGCCAUAUCACACAAAUGGUAUAUAUGCCAAUGGCUUGGCUUAUCAUGAUUCCAGUCCUGAUCUUUUUCGAGGAAUGCAGCCUGGCUCUCCCAUCUUCUCAGAGCUGGUUCCCUGUGAAAAUGAUCUCAUAGGAAAGCAGCUUGGAAGGCCUACUCAAGGGGAACCUUAUGAUGGGCAGUCAGUCUUGGCUGUUCGAGUGUCUCGGAAGCUUUUGAGGGAUCAUGUGAAAAUGAAACCAUCCCUGGAUCUAAGUCCCAACUCUCCUUUACCCAGUAGAACCGGAGGUAUAUAAUCUAAUGCAUUUUUGUGGACUGACGGAUCAAAGCAAGCUUUCAAGAUUUUGAGACUCAUUUUGGUUAAAUAUGAUUGUUUUAUUCAUCACAUUAACAGCUGAGGAAACUAGCAUGUUCAAUAAAGGGAAGGAAAUGUGGAAUAAGUUUAAAGGUGAUGAGACUUGGCUGGAGGCAGAUUGAUCAGCGUGGUUCCAAGCUUAUGCAUUUAGAUAAAUGCAUGCCUCUCUGAAAAUAUUCUUUCUGGUCAGAUCUUCAGAUGCACUGAAAUGGAGCUUGCUAACUAAACUGAGAAACUUGCUCUUGUGGCCAUUUUGUGGUGACAUGCAUUGCGAACUUGCACACACUUGACGAAUCGCUCUAGCACUCAAACUGAUUAAGGUGAAAGACUACAUCCCCCCUUGCAUUGCGUUGCAUCUCAUGAUCCGUUGUAUGGCAGUUCCUUCAGUAUGGAAAUUAUUCGUGGCAUUGAGAAUUGUAUAUUCCUUUAGAUCAUGGUAUAAAAAAAACAAAUAUCAAGCAAGUGCAAUUACUACUUUUUUGGACAACCUUUUUUUUGGGUCUGAAAGUGCUGUACAGAAGAUGAACUGAAUCGGGGCUAGAAAUUUGUUUACGAAGCAGAUGUGGAUUUGUCGAGCCUGCGUGUGCUUGUUUCUUGGAGUAUUUUUAUGCUGGCUCAGAUUAACUGUUGCCUUAUAGUCGAUUCAAGCUGAUUUGUAUGUACAGUAUCACUAGUUAUUGAAAAGAAUCUAAUCCAGUGAUUUCUG